UUAUUUAAAUUUAUUAGUAGCAUAGUUAUUAAUAUUGAUAUAAAUUUGUCUCUUUAAAAAAAAAAUACGUCCUGAUUGAAAAAUGAAUUGAAUCAAACUUGAUUUGAGUUAAUAUUUUGACAUGACUUGAAUUGUACACCUAAUCUAAAUAUAAAUCAACCUACACCUAGCCUAAGCCCAAUUUUACCUACCAUCCAACUUAAUUGUACUCGGACCAAAAUUUAAUAAAUUUAACCUUAAUUUGUCAAAAUAAAUCUAAUUUGGAGACUUUAUCAACCCUAAAGAAUCUCAGAACCUUUGCUCAUUCUUUCCAAGCUGGAACGCACCAUCUUCAUCGCACCAAACUUCUCGAGCAUACUGCCGUCUCCUUCAACUAACAUGUAACUGCAUCUUGCCCCUUUUCACAUCAUCCGAAUAUAAUUUGAUUACAUUUGUUGCAUAAAACCCGAUUUGCUGAGUGCCGAGAAGGUGUUUGAUAAAAUGCCUAAAAGAAAAGUUUCUUCUUGGAACGCUUUUCAGCUUAUAGGAGGAAUUUUGGAAAUGAGGCAUAAUUAAGUUCUAGUGCUAAAUUAGUGUGUAAUGCAUUGAUUGAUAUGUAUGGUAAAAAUAAAAAAUGGUUUGAUUCAUCGAUACAGCGUAAAUAUGGUGAGAUGGGUUGUGGUAUACUGCUCUGUAGUAUUCAAUGUUCAGCUGCUGAGGAUGGCAAACAGAGAACGGUUAUGCCAUUUGCGGCCAUGAGCAAGGAAUACAGACGCGACAGACGACAGAUGGGUUAUGUAGUUUGCAUAACAGUGAAAGAUCAUGGAACACGGACGAGUUUUAGAGCAAGGAGCACAGACCGACAGACGAGUUGUGGAGUUUGCAUUGCACCGAAAAAGCGUGGAACACGGACGGGUUAUGGAGUUUCCAUUGCAGCAAAUGAGAGAUAAGUACUCCUCAUCUCCACUCGUGUAUAGCGCAUUUAUAGGAUCAUGAUACCUACAUUUUGUUGCAAAAUUCUACAGCUGGUCACCCCAUGAUUUGAAAUUAUAUAUUAGCUGUUUGAGAGUUGAAAGACGGAGAACAAACAGCUGAAAGAUGCUACAUUAAAAUAGGACAUCUAUAGCAGAUUUUGUAGUGGUGGUUCUACAACAAAAUUUCCUUCAUUUCAUUUUAUUAAUUGAUAUGAGUUAUAUUAUAUUAACAGAAAAUGUUACGAUCAAUCGAUUCGUGAGUUGGCUAGUUUGCUGACAAGAGACAUCGUGAAACAACCCCAAGGAAGUCCAUGCUAUCUCACAUAGUCUCAUUUAAUUUUUGAUUCAUUUUGCCUUCAAUUACUUUGGUACAUAUAAAGAGAGGCAGAAGAAUGAGAUAUUCAACAAAUCAAAACUUCUAUCUUACAACUCUAAGCCUCUUAACAAACUUAAAAACAAUAUCAAAAUGGCUUCUAUCCACACUCGAUCUUUCAGUUUCCCCUCAAACUCUCACCCCGUUUCUGAACAAUUGGAUCAACAAUUGAACAGGUUGAGGUCUUCUCAAGCUGCUUCUACUUCAUCCUUGACCACCAAACUUAGUGGUCUAAACGAUUUAUACAAAUCAGUUGAAGACUUUCUUCAAUUGCCCCAAAAUCAGAAAACCGUAUCUCAAUCUCAACAAGUAUUGGAUGGAUCUCUAAGACUCAUUGACAUUUGCUCAACAUCUAGAGAUGUCUUGGCAGUGUCAAAGGAACAGAUCCAAAACAUUCAAUCAGUUCUUCGAAGAAGGUGCAGUGGUGAACUUGACAUUACUAAUGAAGUCGCUGAAUACCUUAAAACAAGAAGAGCUUCCAAGAAGACAAUCAAUAAGUGCUUGAAAGAUAUGAAUGCAGUUGAGCCCGUUGCCAUUGAGAGCAUGCUCAAGGAUGUGCAAGCGUUGACUGCUGAAGUCUUUAACUCCUUGUUGUCUUACAUCGGCGGAUCACAGAAGAGUAGCUGGUCUUUCUUUAGCCAAAGAUCUGAGAAGAAAGCAGCAACUUCCUUUGAUGUUGUUGAUGCCCUUCUUGUGAAGAAAAUGAAUGUUGAUAUGUCACAACUAGUAAAUUUAGAGUCAGAAAUUCAAGAAAUUGACAAAGUUUUAGAAUCGUUGUUUAGGCAUUUGGUGAAGACAAGAUCAACUCUUCUGAAUGUCCUUAGCAACUAGAAUAGAAAUUCAUCCUUGUACAAAAAUUUUUGAUACGUGAAUA